AUGCUGCACGAGCGGACGGUGCGGCUGCAGUACGGAAGCCGCGUGGAGGCCGUGUACGUGCUGGGCACCUACCUCUGGACCGAUGUCUACAGCGCAGCCCCAGCCGGGGCCCAGACCUUCAGCCUGAAGCACUCGGCGCGCGUGCGGGUGGAGGUGGUGCGUGACGGGCAGGCCGAGGAAGUGGUCACCAACGGUAAACAGCGCUGGCCUCUCUCACCCACCACCACGCUGCGGCUCACCAUGAGCCAGGCGAGCACCGAGGCCAGCAGCGACAAGGUCACCGUCAACUACUAUGACGAGGAGGAGAAUACCCCCGUCGACCAGGCCGGGCUCUUCCUCACGGCCAUUGAGAUCUCCCUGGAUGUGGAUGCGGACCGGGACGGUGUGGUGGAGAAGAACAACCCGAAUAAGGCAUCCUGGACCUGGGGCCCUGAGGGCCAGGGGGCCAUCCUGCUGGUGAACUGUGACCGCGACACGCCCUGGUUGCCCAAGGAGGACUGCCACGACCAGAAGGCCUACAGCAAGGAAGACCUCAAGGACAUGUCCCAGAUGAUCCUGAGGACCAAAGGCCCGGAGCACCUCCCCGCCGGAUACGAGAUAGUUCUCUACAUUUCCAUGUCGGACUCGGACAAAGUGGGCGUGUUCUACGUGGAGAACCCGUUUUUCGGCCAGCGUUACAUCCACAUCCUGGGCCGGCGGAAGCUCUACCACGUGGUCAAGUACACGGGCGGCUCCGCGGAGCUGCUGUUCUUCGUGGAAGGCCUGCGAUUCCCCGACGAGGGCUUCUCCGGCCUGGUCAACAUCCACGUCAGCCUGCUGGAGUAUAUGGCCGAGGGGAUUCCGCUGACACCCAUCUUCACGGACACCGUGCUGUUCCGGAUUGCUCCAUGGAUCAUGACCCCCAACAUCCUGCCUCCCGUGUCAGUGUUUGUGUGCUGCAUGAAGGACAAUUACCUGUUCCUCAAAGAGGUGAAGAACCUGGUUGAGAAAACCAACUGUGAACUGAAGGUUUGCUUCCAGUACAUGAACCGAGGCGACCGCUGGAUCCAGGAUGAAAUUGAGUUUGGCUACAUCGAGGCCCCCCAUAAAGGCUUCCCCGUGGUGCUGGACUCCCCCCGAGAUGGAAACCUGAAGGACUUCCCAGUGAAGCAACUCCUGGGCCCAGAUUUCGGCUAUGUGACCCGGGAGCCCCUCUUUGAGACUGUCACCAGCCUUGAUUCUUUUGGGAACCUGGAGGUCAGUCCCCCAGUGACCGUGAACGGCAAGAGAUACCCCCUGGGCCGGAUCCUCAUCGGGAGCAGCUUUCCUCUGUCCGGCGGUCGGAGGAUGACCAAGGUGGUGCGGGACUUCCUGCAGGCCCAGCAGGUGCAGGCGCCCGUGGAGCUCUACUCCGACUGGCUGACCGUGGGCCACGUGGACGAGUUCAUGACCUUCGUCCCCAUCCCGGAGACAAAGCAAUUCCUGAUGCUCAUGGCCAGCACCUCGGCCUGCUACAAGCUCUUCCGAGAGAAGCAGAGAGAGGGCUAUGGGGAGUCCAUCAUGUUCAAAGGCUUGGGCGGGAUGAGCAGCAAGCGCAUCACCAUCAACAAGAUUUUGUCCAGUGAGAGCCUCGUGCAGGAGAACCAGUACUUCCAGCGCUGCCUGGACUGGAACCGCGACAUCCUCAAGAAGGAGCUCGGGCUGACAGAGCAGGACAUCAUCGAUCUGCCCGCUCUGUUCAAGAUGGAUGAGAACCGCCAGGCCAGAGCCUUCUUCCCGAAUAUGGUGAACAUGAUCGUGCUCGACAAGGACCUGGGCAUCCCCAAGCCGUUCGGGCCGCAGGUGGAGGAGGAGUGCUGCCUGGAGACGCACGUGCGCUCCCUGCUGGAGCCCCUGGGCUUCUGCUGCACCUUCGUCGACGACAUUUCCGCCUACCACAAGUUCCUGGGCGAGGUCCACUGCGGCACCAACGUCCGCAGGAAGCCCUUCGCCUUCAAGUGGUGGCACAUGGUGCCCUGA